AUGUAGCAUGACGGUAUACCUAUCGACCGCCUUCCACGUCGCCUCAUGUAGACAGAACUUGUGACAGGUCACUGCAGUCCAAUUUGUCGAGUUCUCACCCCCAAGAGUUGACAUUGCGCCUCCGCGCCUCGAAACAAAUGCACUGUCCGUCAUGGAUAUCGAAGUAGUUGUAUAUCCAAAUUUAUUGAGGCAUAUCUGCGCCGAGGAUAUGGAUCGACAAUUUAUUAAGAAUAUCUUCGCCGAGGAUUUCAAUUUAAUGUCCGAUCGAUAUUGGGUUCUAUAUAAACCGACAUCCUCCCAAGCUUGAGCAGAGUGUCCACACUCCCCUUCUAAAAAAAAAAGAGUCCCAUGGCCUCCCCAGUUCCAAGCUAGAAAUCAUUGGUAGCAAAAACCAGCCUAAGCCCUGAGGUAAAUUUUAGGGUACUCCAAGCAAGAGCCACUGUUCACUCUGAAGAGAGGGCCUACUCUACCCUUGAUUGCAUUACUCAACUCCAACUAUAGUCAACUCCCAUAAACAAACUACCGUCUCCCUACCCUCUCUUUCCAAAAAGGUCAACUCAUCCAUCCCCUCGGUUCCGCCGAUCCCCAAAAUCCCAAACCCAAGAAAACAAAAAAUGGGCAAUGGCAUCACCAAGAACCCAUGCUUCUCCGGCAACCCCUACGCCGCGGCCCCCGCCGCAUCUGACACAGCCCCCGAGGACAGCCAUGGCCACUCCUUCACGUACCUGCCGAUGGCCGCCGCCUUCGACAGGACUCCGACGGCCGGUAGCGCGAUGCCGUCCGAGACGUCCUUCUUCUCCCUGUCCGGCGCGGCUAUCAGCGCCAACGUGGCGACUUCCGCGUCCAUACCGUCGUUCCGCCUGCUUAACGAGCAGACCUGGCCGCCGCUGUCCGGGGGCACCUUCGAGAGCUCGCGGUCCUUCGCGUCCGUGCCGCUCCUGCAGGCCGCGCCGCCCAGGCUGUCCAUGUCCGGGCCGCUCCUGUCCGUGUCGUCCGGCCGCUUCUCCGACACGUCCGCCGGCGGCACGGGCACCGCGUCCACGACCUCCGAUCGCUUCUCGGACCGCCCCUUCGUGUCCGGCGGCACGCUGGACAGCUCCCUGUCGUCGUCCUCCUUCGCGGGCCAGCACCAGCCCAGCGUGUCCCGCCUCAUCGCCGAGCGCCGCGCCGCGCGUUCUCGCCGCCGCGACGAGCGGUCGCUGUUCCAGUACCUGGCGAGCGCCGCCUCCAGGCUCCCGGGGUUCCGCCGGCCCGCUGGGCCGAAGAGGGAGAUGGAGUCCCUGAGCGAGGGAGGCUACCGGUGGCCCAACAACGGCAAUGUGCAGUGGGCGCAGGGCGUGGUCGGCGAGGACCGGUUCCACGUGGCGGUGUCGGAGGAGCACGGGUGGGUGUUCGUGGGGAUCUACGACGGCUUCAGCGGGCCCGACGCCGCCGACUACCUCUUCUCCAACCUCUACGUGGCCGUGCACCGCGAGCUCAAGGGCGUGCUCUGGGACGACAUCCAAAUCGGCCAACCAGCCGACAUCCUCUGUUCCGUGGAUGACGGCAGCGCACCAGAGGCUGUCGAGCGUAAGGCCAAGAAGGGGAGAACGGACAAUGCCGAUGCCAAUGCCAGCGCGUCGGCGUCGUUCGCCGGCACGGCGAUGGCGACGCACCGCAGCGUGCUGCAGGCGCUGGCCCGGGCGCUGAGGAAGACGGAGGACGCCUUCUUCGAGGCGGCGGAGGAGAACGCGGAAGAGAACCCGGAGGUGGGGCUGAUGGGUUCCUGCGUGCUUGUGAUGCUGAUGAAGGGAACCGACGUGUACGUGAUGAACGUCGGGGACAGCCGCGCCGUGCUGGCCACCAGGCGGGAGCCUGACCUGGAGAACAUCCUCGGCAAGGCGUCGCAGGACCUCAAGCAGUUCAGGCAGGAGAUCAUGCGCGAGCUCCAGGCGCAGGACAGGGACGGCCUGCAGAGCGUGCAGCUCACCCCCGAGCACAGCACCGCCGUCGAGGAGGAGGUGAGGAGGAUCAGGAGCCAGCAUCUCAAUGAUCGCGAGGCCAUCGACAAAGGCAGGGUGAAGGGAAAGCUCAACGUCACCAGAGCAUUUGGGGCUGGCUUCUUGAAGGACCCAAAGUGGAACGCGAGGCUGAUCAAACGCUUCCAGAUCCGCUACGUCGGCACAGACGCCUACAUCAGCUGCAUCCCAUCACUGUGUCACCACCGGAUCGGUACCAACGACAAGUUCCUGGUGCUGUCGUCGGACGGGCUCUAUCAGUAUUUCACCAACAAAGAGGUGGUUGAUCAGGUGGCGAUGUUCACCGCCGAGCAUCCCGAAGGCGAUCCCGCGCACCAUCUCGUCGGAGAAUUGGUGCAGCGGGCAGCAAGGAAACAUGGUAUGGACUACUGCACGCUGCUCGGGAUACCUCGCGGCAACAGGAGGGAGUACCAUGAUGACGUGUCGGUCAUCGUGAUCUCGUUCGAGGGAAGGAUUUGGAGGUCAUCCGUUUAGGCGUCCUCGACUUCAGAAAAAUCUCAGAAGCUUAGUUGCCUAGUGAGCAGUUCAAGGUGUUUCAGUGUUAACAGAAAGAAAAAACUGAAGGUGGAAUUGGAUGGUUGCUUCCUUUGGGCUAGUAGUAGGGUAUAUGGUUGACACCAGAAAGACGAGAAAUCAACAGUACUGCUGAAGCACAUGCGCCAUGAAGUUCGGUCCUGCUUUCUUCUCUUGAGAAUCAUGUUCCUUUUUUAGCAGAAAGCCCGAAAACUGUUGUGUGGUAUAUAGUCCGGCAUGAGGGACUCUAGUUCUAGUUCUAGUUCCAGUUCCAGUAGCCAGUAGACUUAUGUAAUUAGGUUUUCCCGGCAUGAUGGUGGACUGGUGGUAGCAAGAAGGGGAAAACGUAUAUGAGGAAUAAAAACUGCUCUGUUUGUUGCUCUGCCUGCCUAUUCAUUUCUAUGUACAAGA